AUGGCAGACAGUGUUGUGAGUUUCUUGUUGCAGAACCUGACUCAGUUGCUCACCCAAGAAUCAAAAUUGCUAGGUGGAGUAGAGGAUCAAGUCAAAUUGCUUAAGAACGAGCUGUCUCUGAUCAACGUCUUCCUCCAAAAUACUGAAGGGAAACGACAUGACAAGUUGGUGAAGGAGGUAGUGAGCCAAAUCAGGGACGUAGCCUAUGAGGCUGAGGAUGUUAUUGAUACAUUCAUCACAACUGUGACAAAGCACAGAAGAAGAAGAAGCAAGCUGAGGAAGUUAAUCCAUUCCUGUGACCGAGCAAUCGCAUUUCACGAGGUUGCAAGCAAGAUAGAGAGCAUCAAGAAUAUCAUCAAGGAAAUUUAUGAAAAUAGGAGCAAGUACGGCAUAGAAAUAGCUGAAUCAUCUGGAGGAGAUGCAGAAGUGGAGGAGAUUCUGCACCGACGCAGGAGAUAUGUAGAGGAAGGUCAAGUGGUGGGCUUCGAUCAUGACACAGGGCUAUUGGUGAAGCGGCUUAUCGAAGGGAGUUCACAACGUAAUGUUGUUUCAAUCAUUGGCAUGGGUGGCUUAGGUAAGACCACUCUUGCUAGGAAGAUCUACAACAACAAUCAUGUCAAGAAUUACUUUGACUUCCUUGGGUGGGUUUAUGUAUCUCAAGAAUAUAGAAUCAGAGAUCUGUUGCUUGAAAUGUUGAAGGAUUUGAUACCAGUGCCAAGAGUGGUGUUGAGAGCCGAAUUGAAAGAGGAAUUAGUCCACGAUUUGGAAGCUAUGUAUCGUUCAAAUGAUAAAUUGAAAGGGACAAUGAAAGUGAAGUUGGAAAUCAGUAUCAAUGAAAUGAAUGAUGAAGAAUUCAGAAAGGCAUGGCUUGGGUUCUUGGAAUCCAUACUAGACCAUGACUUGAAAAAGUUAUUGUCAGGCUACGUGCAAGAUUUUUACCGCAAGAAUGGUGUACGAUUGCAAGAUAUGUCUGAAAAUGAAUUAAAAAGUUUGCUGCUUGAAUGCUUGAAAAAUAAGAGAUACCUCCUUGUCAUAGACGACAUUUGGAAAACUGAAGCAUGGAAUGAGGUAAGUUCAGCAUUUCUUGAUAACUUGAGUGGAAGUAGAAUAUUGAUCACUAGCCGAAUAAAAGAAGUGGCAGUACAUGCAAGUAGUCUUAAUAGUACUCAUGUUCCCCCUUAUGAAAUCCCAUUUCUUAAGGAAGAUAAAAGUUGGGAACUCUUCACUAAGAAGGUGUUCCGAGGAGCUACAUGUCCUCCAGAACUUGAAACUCUAGGGAGACAAAUUGUGAAAAGUUGUCAUGGUCUACCACUUGCUAUUGUGGUAUUGGGGGGUCUUUUGGCGAAUAAGGAAAAAACUCAUCGAACAUGGUCAAAAUUGAUUGGCCAUGUCAAUUGGUAUCUGGGUCAGGAUACAUCAUCUUGUAGAGACAUAUUGGCUCUAAGCUACGACUACUUACCUCGACGCUUGAAACCAUGUUUUCUAUAUCUUGGUAUCUACCCUGAAGACUUUGAGAUACCUAUGAGGCAACUAAUCCGACUUUGGAUAGCCGAGGGAUUCAUACAACAAACUAGAAACAGAAAUAUGGAGGAUGUUGCUGAAGACUACUUGGAGGAACUCAUUGAUCGAAGCCUGAUUCAAGUGGCAACAAAAAGGUUAGAUGGAGGUGUCAAAACAUGUCGUAUACAUGAUCUUCUACGGGACCUUUGUAUAUCAGAGAGCGCUGAAGAGAAGUUUCUUGAGGUUCACUCGGAUGUUAAACUUUCACCCAUGUGCAAAUCUCGUAGAAUUUCCAUCCAUUAUGCCAAUUAUCUAGACAUUUCUUCCAACCCUUGUGAGCCUUCAAAUUGUCGUUCUUUAAUAAGCUUUGGGGGGGUUGACACACUAGAGAUUCCUCUUGAUAAGAGCUACUUGAAACGGCUAUGCAAAAGUAACAAGUUGGUUCGGGUGGUAGAGCUCAUGAAUAUGGGCAUUUGUUGCUUAAUCCCCAAUGAGAUUGAAAACCUGAUCCUUUUGAGGUACUUGAGCAUUCAAUCUUGUAGGCUUCAUGUGAUUCCAGAUUCCAUAUGCAACCUUUGGAAUCUAGAGAUGUUGGACAUGAGAAAUUCUACAAUAAAAUCAAAAUUCUUGCCCAAGGGGAUAUGGAAGUUACAAAAAUUGAGGCAUUUGUAUCUAAAUGGGUCUACAUGCCUACCUAGAACUGACAAUAGAGUGGGUUUACCCAAUCUUCAGGUCCUUACUGGUAUAGUUAUAAAUCAAGUCAUUGAAAGUCUCUUUGCCAAGGCCAAAUUUCCUAGUGUUAGAAAAUUAGGAUUGUAUUCUUUAGGAUUGACGGAUUCAACAAAGUCAGGGCUUUUGACAAGCCUCCUUCCCUUGCGUCAUCUACAAACUUUGAAAACUUAUAGGCUUAGUGAGUUUUCAAGACCAAUUUCAGUCGAGUUAACCCUCACGAAGAUAACCAUAGUAUGCACAAGCUUAUCUUCAGGCGUCAUGAGGGUGUUGAGUAGCCUUACCAACCUUCGAGUACUCAAACUAGUAGGAACUAUCAAUGAAGGAGUCAGUAAAAUGACUGUGAAUUGCGAUGAAAAUAGUUUUCAUCAACUCGAAAUCUUUAAAAUGGCAAACGUAGAUGUUUCAGAAUGGACUAUGGGGAAAGGUGCAAUGCCAAGCCUUCAACGUUUGGUCAUCGAGCGAUGCGAGUUUUCUGAGAUGCCCCUCAACAAACUAUGGCGCUUAACUGCUUUGCAGGAUGUGGAAGUUUUACAUCCCUCUCCAAAAUUGGCAAUGAUGCUUAAACGAUUGCAGAUGAGGGAUGGAUGUAAGCUCUAUGUCUAUCCACCUCUGGACCCAACUACUAAUUGA